AUGCGCUCGACACUGGUCGCCUUCGCGGCGUUUACGGCAAUACUCCCGACAGUCACUGCCUCUAUCAUACCCAAUCUCCUGCGCUCCUUUGAAGAUCUACAAGACGUGCGCAAGCGAUGCGAUAAUCCCUGUGGCUUCUACGGCCAGGUCUGCUGUCCUGACGGCAGCGUCUGUUACACCGAUGACAAUAAUGAAGCAGCCUGCUCUGCCGGCGGAUCCGGCUCGUCUCCUCAAACAGCAGCCGGUAGCUGGCAGUAUAUCACCACGACCUACGUUAUGACCGACCUCGAAACAGUCACGACCGUACUCAGCACUUUUGUCCCCAGUGCUACAUCAGGCGGAUGCGAAUACUCGAAAGGCGAAACGCAAUGCGGAGAUAAAUGCUGCGCUGCUGGCGAGUUCUGCGAGUCAUCGGGCAAGUGCAAAGACGCAGGCAGUGGCAGCUCUGGACUCUACAGCAGUAUCUUCACCGUCACCACUGUCACGACCAACACGGCCGAGCCGCCACUCCGACCAACCAGCGAUACAUUGGUUACCAUCACGGCCACCGGCACUGCUGGGGAGAUUACCACAACGCAAGGAUUCAUCAGUCCUACGGCAACGGGUGGUGCGAUUACCGCUGAGCCUCAGAAUGGCGGUGGUGGCGGUCUCAGUGCAGGUGCCAUUGCAGGCAUCGUUAUUGGCGUAAUUGCUGCUCUGAUUAUCCUCAUCCUCAUCUGUCUUUGCUGCUGUGCCAAAGGUGUGCUCGAUGCUAUCCUCGGUAUCUUUGGCCUUGGUCCCAAGAAGCGGAGGAGGGAAGAAGUCGAAGUCUACGAGAGUCAUCACCACCACGGCAGCAGACGCGGGCGGUCGGCUUCGGCAGCUGGCAGACGGACAUGGUUCGGCACUCGGCCAAAGAAGUCUUCGGUUGUGGAAGAGAAGAAGAGCAGUAGCUGGGGAAGGGGUGCUGGAGUUGCAGCCUUCCUCGGUGGCCUAGCGCUUAUUCUCGGACUGAAACGCAGAAGAGACAGGAAGGACGACAGGAGCAGCACUGGCUACGGUAGCUCAUACUACUCGGACUACACAAGCAGUGAGUACCGAAAGCUCCUCAGAUCGAAGAACGCGAAAAUCCUCAAGGUCGAGAUCAAGGGCCUAUUCGGCGUCAAGGGCAUCGAGAAGAUGAUCUACCAACGAACAUAA